CACCCCGGGAGGUGGCAGGGAGGUCUGCGAAAAGAGCGUCUUUCCUGUUGUCAGCUUGGUUAGGGGUGGGAGGGUCCGAGUAGAGGGGAAAGCAGUUUGGGGGGGGCCUGGGCUCCAGAACUAGGUGAGGAUGGCGGUCAAGGGCAGCUAGGAAAAAUCCUCUCCGCUGACGUUGGCUGAGGAGAUGGAUGGCCUAGAGAAACCAGGGGACGCACUUCUUCCCAGGAAAGACUGGAGGGUAUGUUCAGGACCUUGAUUCUUUCUGGGGAGUAUACUGGGCCUGUUAGGGAUUUAUUUUUCCAGGACCUUGAUCAGGUCUGAAGGAAGCCGAGCUAUAUUUGGCAUCCUCUUGGGGGUCCCCGCUCUUAGUUUGUUUCACCCCCUGCCUACCAGGAAUGCUGAGAGCUCAAAGUGGGGCAUCUGCUGCAACGUAGAUUGCUCUCCCUGCUUUUCCCAUUCCGUAUUGGUCAGGAAGAAUGGCAGGGUACCUCUGGCCAUUAUCUUCCUCCUCCACCUUUUCUUUUUCUCUUUUUCCGCUUCCUUCUCCGAUUUUGAAACAGGUAAGCUCCCUUACUUUGCCUACUACCUUUACUCUCAAAAGCUGCAGAAGAGAAGUUUCUUGCUCAUUUGUGGCCUCUAGAAUCAGGAGAAUCCGGCAGGCUUGGUCUGGGAGCCAUGGUGACUUGGAACAAUGAAGUAUUCUCGGAUUAAAGUCCUGAUCCAGGGGGAGUCUUCCAAGUGCAUGCACUCAGGGCCAAAGAAGCAGCAGUGAUUUAAGCCUCUGGAGAUGUCUCAGCAGGCUGACCUCCUGGGUAUGAGCCCAUUCUGUAUUGGGGAGAUUGCUGCUACUCCUUCCUAGAUUCCAUCUCAGCAAACCCUUUUCCUAUCCUGUUUUCUUUUUCCCCCGGGCCCCUUUUAAAUAGAGCCAAGAGACCUCUUGUUUCCCACUGCCUUUAGCUCUCUCCCCCUCUAGCCUCCAUGGCAGCUCAAGUUCCAAGCCCCAACUUACCCCUCGGGCCAGAGGACCUCCUGAGUGAUCCCCCAGGGCCCCCUGGGCGGAGCCAAGGAACGUUCUCAGAAGUGACCUCUCAGCUUUAUGCUUCCCUACGGCAAAGCCAAAAGGCAGAAGCUACUGCCAGGACCAGCCUCUACCUGGCCUCCAACUCUCCAUCCCCUCCUGAGGAAUUAGAGGGUCUAGCUCAAGAGCUGAGCCGAAGUCUGUCAACUGGGGUGGAGACCAGUUCACAGAAAAAGGGAGGCUCCCAGCAUAUACUGGAAAUGGAAAGUGUACGGGGUCACCUCCAAAGCAUGCUUCAAGCUUCUCGGGACACUGCUCCUCCCCUUCGAUUCCUCUGGCUGCUUGCAGGGGAUAACCUUAUUCCAGGUACUGUCCCAGAAAGGCGAGAAGACUCUUUUGACAGUGACAGCACAGCCACUCUGCUGAAUACCCGGCCCCUCCAAGAGCUAUCUCCACCCAGCUCAGCUCCAGCCCUGGAGGAGUUGUUCCCUCGAUACACUAGUAUCCGUCCUGGAACUCCUCACUACUUUCCUGAUCUGCAGGGACUAAGAGAUGCCUUGGACACAGAACAUACCCGCCGUAGGCAUUGUGAACGUCACAUCCAGAAUCUACAGACUCGUGUGUUAGAACUGCAGCAGCAGUUAGCUGUUGCUGUGGCUGCAGACCGAAAGAAAGACCUUAUGAUUGAGCAACUGGACAAGACCUUGGCCCGAGUGGUAGAGGGCUGGAACCGACAUGAGGCUGAGAGGACAGAAGUUCUUCGGGGGCUGCAAGAGGAACAAAAGGCUAUUGAACUUAGUCGAAGCCAACAGCAAGAGACUAUAGCUCGACUAGAACAGAGUCUAAAGCAGACGAAAGAAGCCCUGAGUAGGGAGCGGGAAGGGACCAACCAACAACAACAGGAGCAAGAGACAUUGAAGGAAGCUCGACAAGCUUUAGCUCGUAGCUUAGAGCGGGAACAGCAACGGUGUCGGACUCUACAGGAGGAGCGGGAUGAGGCACGGGCAGAGCAACUAAAUCAGCACAGAGAACUAGAAGCACUCCAAGCUGCCUUGGAAGAAAAGCAUCAGGCCUGGACGCAGCGUGAACAUCAGCUUGAAGAACGCUGUAAAAGUCUACAAGAAGAGGGCCGGAUCCAACUAGAGAGGGAACAGGCAAACUCCCAGCGGGACAUACAAGCAGCCCGAGAGGCUCAGCAACUCCUAUCAUCUGUUCAGUCUGAUGUGCAGAGGUUAGAAGAGGAAUUGGACACAGCACGGCGAGAAAGAGAUGCUUUACAAUUGGAAACCAGCUUGGUGCAGGCCCGGUUUGAAGCCCAGCGAGUACAAAUGGAGUCAGAGCUUGCUAUUUUGCUAGAGCAGAGAGUAACUGAACGACUAGCCCAGGUGCAAGAGAGCAGCCUUCGACAAGUGAGCAGUCUUCGGGAACAACACAGGAAGCAAUUACAGGAGUUAACUGAGCAGCAUCAACAGGAACUGUCUAAUCAGUUGGAUCAGUUCCAGGGGGAGUUGUCAGAGCGAGAAGAUCGGCAUCAGCAGGUGUCUCAAGACUAUGAGCUCAGAUUGGCUCAUGAGCAGGCCCGAGUACGGGAAUUACGUAUGGUACACAGGCAGCUAGAAGAACAGCGGGUAGAGCUGGUAGAGAGAUUCCAGUCCAUGCUUCGGGCUCAUUGGGAUGAGGCACACCAGCUGCUCAGUACCACAGCCCCUUCUCAGAUCCCUCCCCCUGGUACUCCCAGCUCCUUGGCCUCCUGUCCCAGAGAACCUGAAAAAGAGGAGAGGAGGGCUUGGAGCAUACCCCCUGCGGCAGUGGCUCUGAAGCCAGUAUUGCAACAGAACCGGGAGCCAAGGGAGGAGCUGCCUGGAGGCCUAGGUGGCCUAGCACAUCCUUGUACUCCCCCCCCUGAUCUCAGCCUUCUACUAGGUCCUAAUUUCCAAAGCCAGCAUAGCUUUCAGCCUUUGGAGCCUAAACCUGAUCUUACUCCACCCUCAGACCCUGGAGGCUUUCCUCCUGAGCAUAGAGCAGAACGACCAUUCCCUGAGGUUCUUGGAGCCAGAGGAGAAGGGACCUUAGAACAAGACUUGCCCCCUCCACAGCUGGAAGAGCUGAAGAACUAUCUGCACCAGUUCUUGGAACCAGUGCCCCAGAGCUGUGUGAGUCCCACCAUUGAUCUGCUGCCCCGCAAACCUGGUACGCUGACAGUUCCUCCUUGGGAAGAAGCCCCUCCAUUACCACGGCCCCCACCACCUGUCCACAAAACUAAAGUACCACUAGCCAAGGCAUCCUGUCUUUUCCGGAUAUCUGAGCCCUCUCCAACUCCUCCACAAAGCUGUAGCCAUGAAAGUUGCUCCCCAGAGAGAGGUGGAGAGGGGAGACCAAUAUCUCCCCGGCAACUGGCAGAGCUGUCUCGGCUGCUUCGACAGUACCAGUCCCGAGGCAAUGGUGGCCCUUCUACUGAGGAUCUUUUACUGUACUUAAGGGGGUCGGAGCAUAGUGGAGUUGAAGGUCGAGGGGAUGGUAUCCCCAGAAGAAAUGUAGACACACGCUUGGGAGAGGUUCUCCGGAAAGAGGCCUCAUCUCGUCGCCCUGCUAGUACUCACAAGGCUGAGAAACCAGUGGGUAGGAAGAAAAGUGGCCAUCCAGCACCAGGCAGUUCUAGGAGUCGAAGUGGAAUCUGGAGAUAGCCCCAUAUUCUACACCCAGGCCCUUAACAUUUUUUAAAAGAAAGUUUUAUUAAAUACAAACUGCUUGUUUAUAUCUGAAUUUGGGGGGAAUUGGGAAAGUGGGUAAAUUAAAUAUAAUUCUUCAAAAGAA